UUUUAUCAAGUUUUUGUAGUGUAGGUUACAGGCGAGCAUUAAAAACGUUAAAUUUAAAUGAUGAGUGCGAAGCAGAAGGAAUAUGUUUUACUUAAAAGAAGCUUAAUAUUAGGUGUUAAAGUACUGAUAGAGGAGUUAAUUGACAUUGUUCAGAGUGAAUUAACAACAAAUCCCAAGAAAAGAAUUUGGGUUAGAAAAUGGCUGGCAAGGAGAAGCACGCAUGGUGCAUCUAACAUGCUUUUAAAGGAACUUGCCAUCGAAGACGUUCAAGAAUACAGAAACUGUAUGAGAAUGUCUCCUGCUUCCUUUGACGUUCUUCUGAAAAAAAUAUCGCCAGCUAUACAGCGAUCUGACACCACAAUGAGAAUGGCUUUACUUGCCAGAAUAAAAUUAGAAAUUACUCUGUCAUAUUUAGCUACUGGAAAUAGUUACCGAAAUUUGCAGCAGCAAUUCCGUGUUUCCCGGUCUGCAAUUUCCAAGUUUAUUCCAGAAGUAUGCGAUGCCAUAUACGAUGCAUUGGAGGAUUUUAUACAGGUACCAAAAAGUAACAAAGAAUGGAAAGCUAUCGAAAGUGAUUUCAACCAUAGAUGGAAUUUUCCAGAAUGUUUUGGUGCCAUUGAUGGAAAACACAUACUUAUUCGAGCUCCUGAGAAUUGUGGCAGUAACUUUUUCAACUAUAAGGGACAAAACAGUAUUAUUUUGAUGGCAAUUGUAGAUGGAAAUUACAAUUUUAUAUACAUUGAUGUUGGCUGCAAUGGAAGAGCCUCAGAUGGAGGAGUUUUUGCGCAGUGUUCUAUUUUUGCUGAUUUAGAAAACAAUAUAUUACCGGAUGCAUUUGUCACCGGAAUACUACAGCGCUGUUCAAGAAUACCGUCGACGAUUUAUUUAUCACUCGCCCAGUACGAACAUAACAUCUUAAUAAGUCACUUGACAAGAUUUAGAAGAAGGAGAAAAUAUUUAGUAGAAGAUGAUGCAAUGACCAGUUCACGAAGAAUUGGUACUUAA